CUCGCGAGAUAUGCGAUCCCAGUGACCCUUGGCUCGCGUUACUUCCACUGUUCCAUCGAACCUGCUCGUUCCCGUCAUCCUUGCAUGGCCAUACGGUGCAUGAUAUCUGAAUACCACACCUGCCCUUCGGGCGAGUGUAUUCGCUCUCGUGCGCUGUCCGCUGACUCGCACUGACGCCCGCGAUGCUGUUCUCCUCAUGGCAGUUCGAGGCCGAGCUGAACAAGUACCCAAUCCUGGCCCUUGCCGAAGCAAAGACCAACGUCAAAAAGUCGUAUCUGGUCGCCGGCGGCGUCUCGCUCUUCCUCGUCAUGAUCCUUCUGAAUGCUUGGGCUCAGCUGCUGACCCAGCUGCUGGGAUUUGUGUAUCCCGCUUACGCCUCGUUCAAGGCCCUCGAGACGCCCCAGACGGAUGACGAUACGCAAUGGCUCACGUACUGGGUUGUGUUUGCUCUGAUCAACACCCUCGAGUUCUUUGUUGAUUACAUUCUCUACUGGCUGCCGUUGUACUAUCUGUUCAAGACAUUUUUUGUCAUCUUCCUGAUCCUGCCCCAGUUCAAGGGCGCCCAAUACCUCUACGAAAAGUUCUUCCGACCGCUGCUCGUGCAGCAGCAGGGCAACAUUGAUAAAAUUGGCUCCAAGGUCCAAAGUACCAUGGAGAACGUCGGACAGAAUCUCAAGUUGGAAUAGGCCCCCCCCCGUGCGGCGCUGUGUUGGUGGCUUUCAUGUUACAAGGAACAUUGCGUGAAGCAUCCCGCAAGCAUCACAACAUGCGGCUCUUGGAUCCAGUCUCUCCCAUCGAUCCAUCCGCUCCGUCGAUGCAAGAGUUGAUUCCACAUAGUGUAGCUGUGGCCGAUCAGCAACAUUCCUUCAGGACUGUGUCCUCCUUUCUGAUUUUGUUUGAUCUGACCCGAGG